UCGCUCCCGUCGCCAUUAGCUGCGCUCUCCUAACUCGAGUGAGCCCGGCAGGAAAGAGCGCGUCCAGUUUCGCUGCGUUUGGUGCUGACCGUAGCUGUGGUCAUGAGCUCGGCUUCUGAGGGCCUCUUCUUCUCGACUCUUCAGCCCAACUCCUCCGUGAGCACUUACGCCGUGCCGCACGAGAGCCAGCUGGGAUACAGCGGCGUUUCGUCUGAUGGAGCGGCUAGAGCCAAGCGCGUGCGGGCGCAGGUGGCGAUGAGGCUCGCGGAGAAAACCAGCACGCUCUCGCGACAGAACGGCGCUGGACAGCACUAUGCGGCUUCAGAGUACGGAGGUUCUUCAACAAUGACAAAGUACCAGACCUACAAUCCCAGCUUCAGCUCAAAGUCCUAUAUCUACUCCUCCAGCAGACCAAUGAUGGCCCAGCGUAUGUCUACACAAUCCAGCGGCGGCUACUCGUCUCGCUCGGCUGUGGAUUUUGGCCCCAGAGCGCAGAUGAGCCGAGGGGCCGGUGCAGGAAUGAUGUAUAACCAUGACGACAGCAUGAUGAUGGGCAUGAGUGGCGGCGGUUACCAGGGUGGCCAGUCUCACCACCAGCAGAUGACCACGUUAACUCGCACCAUGAGCCGACCUGCAGGCCCUGACCCAGAGAUCACCUCCCUGCGCUCCUUGCGCAUUCAGUCCCUUCCUCAGCAGCAGGUUUCAGCCACAUGGAUGACGCAGGAUGGCAGUGAGGGAAGCCUGGUUUCGGAUCAUGAUGCUACCUACUCGCGUCAGGACACAGCCUACGGAAUGAGUAACGGGUACGCGUCUACAUACCCCCGACAGGCUGUGUACUCCACUGCCAGCAAUGGUUUCAGCUCUGGGGCUGUGCAGACCUCCAUGACGCUGCCCCCCAUGAGACGCUCUCUAAGUGGCACGCUGGCCCGUAGUGGAGGCGGAAGUGGAGUCAUGGAGGAAGAAGCUUAUGUUCGCCAGUCCUUCAAAGGCCCCGCGCAGCGCACCAUCAGCAGAAUCACCCAGCGCCAGAAUCGUUACUCUAUGUCCGCAGGGAGUGUCCAAGGAGGUGGAGGAGGAGGAGGGGGCUUUGUGAUUGGUGGAAGCAGCUCCCAGGGUACCCUGGGCAUGAUGCAGCAAGGCAGGCUGUCCCGUGCUGCCUCAAUGAGGAGCGUCAUCAGUGUGGGCAAAGGCAAGGACGUGUUCGAUGGAAUGGAUGUGAUGGGUAGCAUGGGCAACCUGAGCGGAAUCAGUGCUCUGGACAUGCCGACUGCUGUGACCUAUCUGGAAUCCUCUGAUUCAGAACUGCAGGUGCUGGGGGCUGCCUACAUCCAGCAUGAGUGCUAUCACAACAACGACUCCAAGAAACUGGUGAAUCAGCUGAAAGGAAUACUGCCGCUGGUUCAGCUGUUUACCAGUGAGAACGAGGAAGUGCAGCGUUAUGCCACUGGAGCGGCCAGGAACCUCAUCUAUGAGAAUAUGGAGAACAAAGUGGCUCUUAUGGAGGCCGGAGGAAUCCCUAAGCUCAUAGAAGCCCUGAAAGAGCAAGAUGACGAGCUCCGCAAGAACAUCACUGGAAUUCUGUGGAAUCUUUCCUCUAAGGAUAAUCUGAAGGAGAGGUUGGCAAGGGAAACUCUUCCUAAGCUAACUGAGGAGGUACUGAUCCCUCUCUCUGGCACUGGAGAAAGAGAGAUCAUCGAGCACACUCCCUCAGAGGCAGAUAUCUUUUUCAACACCACCGGCUGCCUCAGGAACCUAAGCUCAAUAAAUGAGAAAACCCGUCAGCAGAUGAGGGAAACUCAUGGCCUAGUUGACGCUCUUGUGGGCUACAUUCAUAGCACUGUGAAUGACACCAGAGUAGAGGAGAAGGGAGUGGAGAAUUGUGUGUGUGUGUUGAGGAACUUGUCCUAUCAACUGUACAGUGAAAUUCCCCCCUCAGCCCUGAUGCGCUUGGAGGGUCCAACAAGAGCUCAGGCAAUGUCCCGUGGAGAGGCUAUCGGCUGCUUCACUCCUCAGAGCAAAAAAGCCAAAGAUAGACAGGAUAAGGACCUGACUACGUUUACAGAGGUGGCACGAGUGCCAAAGGGCAUUGAGUGGCUGUGGCACCCGAAGGUGGUAGAACUAUAUAAUCUUGUCCUGCAGCGCUGUGAAGUCAACACCGUGACCCGAGAGGCUGCUGCUGGAGCCCUGCAGAACAUCACAGCUGGAGACAAACGAUGGGCGUCCAUCCUGAGUCGUGUUGCCUCAGAACAGGAGCGCAUGUUGCCUGUGGUUCUAGAUCAUCUCAGAACAAAUAGUGAUCUAGAACUGCGAUCCCUCACUGGCUUGCUCAGAAACCUGUCUCGUCAUGCCAGGGACAAGAACGACAUGGCCACUAAAGUGGUGAAUAACCUGGUAGCCAAACUUCCAACUGAUGGCUUCCAGAAGCAGCCCUCCACAGAUGUGGUUGUAAACAUCUGCGGCGCUCUCAACAACCUUGUGAUCUCCAGCGAGGUGGCAGCACGGGACGUCACCUACUUCGAUGGUCUGCCCAAGCUCGUGGGCAUCAAGAACUCUCAUGAUAGCAGUUCUGAAAAAGUGAGGGCAGCCAAAGCAGCAGCCACUGUCCUCUGCAAUAUGUUCCAGUAUAAGAAACUACACAAAGACUACAAAAAGAAAGGAUUCCAGAGACAGGAUUUUACAGACAUAUUCUAAAUGAGGACAGCAACUGUGAGAAUGUAACUACGUGAAUGUGGACAAUCCUGUAAAUAAAGAAUGACGUGAUACAAGAAGAAUAGUGCAGAAUUGGAUACUUCAGCUUUCUGUCUGCUGUUCAGCUGUGUGUGCGUUCCGCUGUGUGCAACUUGGCCAGCUCAGCAUGUCCUGCUCUAGAAUACGGAAACAGCACAUCUCAAAACCAACAGUAGAGUUAAACAGACGAUUUGACGAUGAGACUCAACUUUAUCAAUGGAGGUUGCGCCUUAACUUGAUUCUUCUUGACCUCAAUUUGUAUCUUCAUCAGGGAUUUUUGCACAGUAAUGAUAGUCACUCUCAGCAGCAUGCAGACUGGACUCUUAUUCUACAAAACACUGGAUUUUUCCAAUAACACAUAUACUGGACACAGUCCAGGGGUGUUUUCCUUCAUUUUUGAAUUGUAAAGUACUGACAAUGUAUUUUGUUGUUUGUUUGAUUGUUUGUUUAACAUCAGAUGUCUGAGUGAGAGGGUUGUGGGAUUUACCAGCAAUGUGAGAAAUGCGAGUGCUAUAUAUUGCGUGUAUUGCACAGAGAUUGGAAGGGUAUAGAUAAUAGAAUAGAUAUCUGGUUAUAUGCAUAAUGAAAGUGCAUUCCAUAUUUCUGAUGUAUAUCCAGUUCUGUAUACCAUAGUAAAUAAUCUACAUAGCACCAUACAAGCCUUCUAUCAUUUUACUUUUUUGAAUAGCUUUAUUACUUUGUAAAUGGUGCUUAUUGAUUUAUCUAGCCUAUUGGUAACACUUUGCCAGCUAACUUCAGAAGCAUAUGUCAAUCCUGUUCCAAUUGUUGGUAACAGAAGUUAUCAGAGCUGUAGCUCCUGUAUUUUCAUAGUAUUGCAUUAAACCCUGAUAUGGGAAAAUGCGUAAGUUCAUUUGAAUGUCUGAAUGUAAAUGUUGCUCAUCACUGCAUUGCAAAGCACUGCUUACUCCUUUACAGACAGUAUGUAAAAAGUUUUUUUUUGCUUUAGCUAUAAAUAGAUUUUUUUUAUAUAUGAUUUGCUGAAUUACACCUUUGUUCACAGAUAUUUCUGACAUUUCUGAGUUAUGCUAUAGGUCAUAUAAUAUAACUUUAAAUUGUGCAACAAAUGGGGCGACUUGUUCUGAGCUUUUUCAGCAAAAUAUUUUUUCAGUUUUUUAAACUGAAUGGACGGUUCAUACUGGUUGGUGUAGGUGUGUAACUUUGUAACUUGGUGUUUAUAAUAUAACUACAAUUUUAUUAUAUUGUGCUCAAGUUCAAUUAUGACAUGUCUUUGGAUGUUAGGAAUUAAAGUGACUUCACAUGUUCUUGCCAGUGAGAUUUUUGCACAGGUUAUAUGUACGCAGCAGAACACAAACACUGCCUGUUUUAUCAAAUUCCUCAGUAAUAGAUAUCAUUAUCCCCACUAUGUCUGCUUCACAUCUCACUGUAAAAUGCAUCCUUAAGUGUCAUAUGUGCCAUGUUAAAAUAAAUAAAGGGAAGUUCUAAUUGAA